UCCGCCAUUAAGUCUGGGACUGAGGCUCCCAUUAAAGGAAGGGAUUGCACACAAACCUGAGUCUCCGAGAGAGAGAGAGAGAGAGCGAGCGAGCGCGAGAGCUAGUGAGUGAGAGAGAGAGAGCUAGUGAGUGAGUGAGCGAGAAAGCGAGUGAGAGAGGCAAGCGGGGGGAGGGAGGGAAAGAAGGCAAGAGAGGAGACAGAAGACAGAUGCCUUCACCUCGUUCCCCUCUCUGAGAGGAGAAAGGGAGGAAAAGAAAGGAGGCGUGGAAAAAAGGAAUAAAACACCUCGGAUUUCAUGUGGAGAAAAUAAUUUGAGGGAAUUUUCUCGAGGGGACGACUUUUAUUUUUUCCCCCUGUGUAUGUAUUUCCUUUCGAAGUGCGCGUUAGAGCUGCUUGGACGAUGCAGGGAUCGUGAUGAUGAGUUCGUCCGGCUGCUGGGUGGCGAACGGGGCGAGUUUGGAGGAUUGCUACUCGAACCUCUUCUCUCUGGCUGACCUACCUGGGAUUAAAUGGCGCCGUUAUUCGUGGCAAGGUCCUGUUGGAACACCGCUCGUCAUCCCAGUGGCUGAAGAUGAUGCUAUUCUUUGCAGUUUCAGCCGUUGCUUGAAGGCUAAUGUACUUUGUGUCUGGCGAAGGGAUAUGACACCUGGCCACAGGGAGCUUUGGAUUUUCUGGUGGGGCGAAGUUCCAAAUUUUGCUGAUCUCAUUCAUCAUGAACUCAAAGUUGAAGAGAAUGGAUUGUGGGAGCAGGGUCUGUCUUACGAGUGUCGAACUCUGCUUUUUAAGGCCAUUCACAACUUGCUGGAAAGGUGCUUGUUAAAUAGGAACUUUGUGCGGAUUGGGAAAUGGUUUGUGAAGCCAUAUGAAAAGGAUGAGAAACCGGUAAACAAAAGUGAGCACUUGUCCUGUUCCUUCACAUUUUUCUUGCAUGGGGAUAGUAAGGUCUGUACCAGUGUUGAAAUAAACCAGCACCAACCAGUGUACCGUCUGAGUGAAGAGCAUGUUACUACUGCCCAGGCAUCCUCCAAUCCCUUCCAAGUAAUCCUCAGCCCUUUUGGAUUAAGUGGUACUCUGACAGGUCAGUCAUUCAAGCUAUCUGACCCUCCCACUCUUAAACUGAUAGAAGAAUGGAAGCAAUUCUAUCCAAUCCAAACUGGCUCAAAGGAAACCACGGACGACAAGCAGGAAGAGUUAGAUUGGGAUGAUGACUCAAUAGCAGCUGUAGAAGUCAUUGUCGCUGGUGUGCGAAUGGUGUAUCCAGCGUGCUUUGUCCUGGUGCCUCAGCCUGAUGUCACGACAACUGUUACAAGCAACACCAUUGGAUCGUCACAUUGCACAGUUGCAUAUUCAAGUGCCCACCAAGUGCCUGCCCCAGUGAGGGAUCCCGCCAUUUCCUCUGUGACCUUGACUCCUCCCACAUCACCAGAAGAGACUGAAACAGCUGAAACUCAAUCCACUCAGAAAUGGACGAAGCUUACUUCUGUACCUGAAGGAUUUAAUAUAGAGAAUUCUGGGCAUGGUGGGAAGAUCCCCAGAAAAUUAGCCAAUCAGGUCGUAGAGAAUGUGUGGCAGGAAUGCAAUCUCAACAGAACCCUGAAGAAGCGAAAGUUUUCUACUGUGAAUGGCUGUGAAGAAGAUGCAUCAGACAAAGAGACAUCCUGGGAUUUUGUUGAAGCCAGGCAUAGAGUGAAUUGCAACUGUUCGAGGCACAAGAACAAAAGAGGCACUGGAAUACAAGGACAAUCUCAGCCUCCAGGACCACAACUGCCAACAGCUCUCAAGCACAAAAUAAAUGACAAGCAAGACAAAGGGGAUAAACAACAGAAGCGACCACAAACUCCAUUCCAUCACCGUAAUUCAGCAUGCGAUGAUGUUUCAAUGGAACAGGACUCAGCCAAUCACAGACUUGGAAUCAGGCCGCAGGACAGUAGAGGAAGAUAUCCAAAUGCAAGGCCUAGUGACCAUAGCUCUACAAAAUCCUCACAGUUACACAUGCCAGAGAUGGCAAACUCACCGCCACCACCGCCACUCAGCCCUCAUCCAUGUGAGAGGGGUGAGGAUGUUGGAGAUGCAUUUAAAAACCCAUUGACACCUCACAGUCAAUCAUUCUGCCAGAUGCCUGCACCAGAUCCACUACUUCCAGCCAAAGCUGUAGAGGACAGGAUGGAGGCACUUCCCACCCAGGCUUUCCCAUUGGGUUUUCCAGAAGUCUUGGAGCCUACAACAUACAACAGCAGUGCUGUACAGUUGGAAGGUGAAGAGAGUGCUGUCAUGUGGAAGUGUUAUCGAUUACCCUCCCAGGUAGAUGAUGAUUUUACUCCACCGCAGCUGCCAUUAGAUAAAUACAGGGAGGAAUACACUGCAGCCAGUAACUCAGAACGUACACUUCCUUCUGCCUCAGAGUUGGUGGCAUGUUCAAAUAAGCCAUUAAAGAUUUCUGAAGAGCGGAUUCAGACAUAUAUCCAGAGAAUAAACCAAUGUUACAAAAGUAGUCGUCUGGAGGCUGAUUCUAAGUCAGAAGUUGAUCCAUAUGCAUUUGAUGAUGGAGAUGAGGAAUUCAGCUUUCCUGAUAAGAAAGACAAACAAGCCACUGAAAGGGAUCCUGGAAGGAAACAUGCACAGAAGAACGAUAGUGAAAGUGCUGGCACAUCUCACUCAACAUUACCAGUAGAAGGAGAGGAUGCCAUGUCACUGUUCAAUUCUGGAACAAAGCCUGAUGGACAAAAGUCACCCUCGCACAAUCGGACUGCAUCCACCAGUCUCAUGAAUGAGGUUGAUUUAGUUGUUUCAUACAAAGACCUUGACAAUCUGUUUGAUGACGAGGAUGAACUUGUGCAGGCUAUUUCUCGAACUGCACAUGUUGGAUUGGAUGAAAAAAUGAGCAACAGGGAUUCAAAAGCAGGGCCUUUUGAUGCUUUCCCCUGUAUAAGCUCUGCAGAUCUCCAGCAAAUGUUUCCCACACCUCCAUCCUUGGAGCAACAUGGUCCAGGCUACUCUCCAAUGAAUAUUAACUGCAAAGAGUUUGGAGGUUUAGAUAACACUCCAGGAAUGACUCUAGAUGGCCAUCAUUUUACUACAAGUUUGAAUCAUUUCAAGGUUGAAGUAGAGGAAGGCAUGGGUAGCCCAAAGCCUUCAGAGAUCAAGGACUUUUCUUAUGUCUAUUGCCCUGAGAAGUGCCAAGGCUAUGUGGGUUGUACUAUGUUUGCACCAUUGAAAAUUUUACCAAGCCAGUGUAUGCCGCCCGUCAAACUGCUAGAGGAGUGUAUCUAUCGUCCAUCAUGGACAGUUGGCAAGCUAGACCUGCUCCCUCCUGUUCCUCCCAUGCCGUAUAUCCGGGACAUAAACAUUCCCAGUGUUGGUAGUGGUAUGGAUCAAGAUUACAUUCAGACUUGCACACCACAAAUGCAUACCCCAUUUGGAGUGACGAAUAGUGCUCCUCCCAGUAAUAGUGGUGCUGGUGUUCUUCCAUCACCUGCCACUCCACGCAUCUCUGCCCCUACUCCCAGAACACCAAGGACGCCACGCACUCCUCGUGGUUGCGGGGGCCCAGCCAGUGUCCAAGGCUCAGUGAAAUAUGAGAACUCUGAUUUGUAUUCGCCUGCCUCUACGCCUUCAACGUGUCGCCCGCUAAACUCAGUAGAACCUGCAACAGUGCAAUCCAUCCCGGAGGCACACAGCCUUUAUGUAAACUUGAUUUUAUCUGAUUCCAUUAUGAAUCUCUUUAAAGACUGUAGCUUCGACAGUUGCUGCAUCUGUGUCUGCAACAUGAACAUCAAAGGAGCCGAUGUUGGCUUGUACAUCCCAGACCCAACCAAAGAAUCUCAGAUCUCCUGUACGUGCGGAUUUAGUGCUGUCAUGAACCGAAGGUUUGGAAACAACUCUGGGCUCUUUUUGGAAGAUGAAGUGGAUAUCAUUGGGCGAAACACGGAUUGCAGCAGUGAGGUUGAGAAACGAUUAGAGGACCUCAGGAGUGUUUCUCUUGAACAAGGGGAAGGAAGCCCCAAGGAGCCUCUGAAAGUGCCUGAUGAGUUAAUAUUGCUACUUCAGGACCAGUGCACUAAUCCCUUCUCCCCGCUGAGAUCGGUGGAUCCUUCAGUAGUGGCAAAAUUGCGGACAGUGGGAUCACCAGUACGUGUGGAGGAUAAAGAUUAUCACAGGGAAUGUUAUUUGGCUUUGGAGCAGGGAUAUCAAUUCAUGGAAAAUAUGUCAGGAGGAAAGCUUGAUGAAACACUCAUGAAAAGCUCUUGUUUGCAUUUAUGGUCAAGAAGAAAUGCUGUGGAUGUCAGCAUGCUGUGCUCACAAGAUCUUCUGCGCCUGCUUCUCUCUCUUCAACCUGUUCUGCAGGAUGCCAUUCAGAAGAAACGAGCAGUCAGGUCAUGGGAGAGCAUUCAGCAUGUCCAAGGACCACUCACUUGGCAACAGUUCCACAAACUGGCUGGUCGGGGAUCUUAUGGUACUGAUGAGUCCCCGGAGCCACUUCCUAUCCCAACGUUUAUGUUAGGUUAUGAAUGCGAUUUUCUGGUGUUAUCUCCAUUUGCAUUGCCAUAUUGGGAGAAGCUUCUCCUUGAGCCCUAUGGAUCACAGAGGGAUAUUGGGUAUGUGGUGGUAUGUCCGGAAAACGAAGCCCUUUUAAAUGGAGCAAGGAAUUUCUUUCGUGAUCUUAGUGCAGUCUACGAGUCCUGUAGACUUGGACAGCACAGGCCUAUCUCAAAGUUGCUUCCUGAUGGCAUCAUGAAAGUGGGGACCAAAGCAGCUUUGAAAAUUGCAGAACAGCCGGUAACUGACUGGUUCUCUCAGCAUUGUAUGAACACCAACAGUGAAGCUUAUUCCAAACUGAAACUUUACGCUGAAGUAUGCAGACAUGAUCUGGGCCCAUAUCUUGCUGGUCAAACACUGGACAGUUCCUUGUUAUCACAACCUAACCCUGUUUCCCCAUCCAGUCGGUCCACUACUUCUCAGACUCCAUUACAGUGUUCUGCUGGGGCUGCAUCUGCUGUAGCCUCCAACUCCACUCCUGUACUGACCAGUACUUUAACAAACACUGCUGCAGCCUCCACGGUUGCCGCUGCCACUUCGAGCGUGCCCCUGGCCAAUUCAUCAUCUGCUGUCAAACAGUGUUCCUCCUUUUCGUCAUUUACACAUUUGAACAACAACUCUAGUGCUGUGACUGCACAGGGAUCAGCCACCCAGAAUGGACAACUACCCCAGCAGAAUACUGGAACAUCCAAUGACGCAACAACAGGUGGUACAGGGCAGCAGCAUCAGGAUCCUCCGGAGAGCACCAUGGAAAGGGAUAAAAUUGGGGUCCCGACAGAAGGGGAAUCACAUGCUGUCACUUAUCCACCAUCUAUUGUUGUAUACAUUGUGGAUCCUUUUACAUAUAAUACUGACGAUGAAAGUUCGUCGUCUUCAAAUGUUUGGACACUCGGGCUGUUGCGCUGCUACUUGGAGAUGAUCCAUUUCUUGCCCCAGCACAUCAAAAAUGCAAUAUCUGUGCAGAUUGUUCCAUGUCAGUAUCUUUUGCAACCUGUGAAAAAUGAUGAUCGACACCUCUAUUCCCAGCACCUUAAAUCACUGGCAUUUUCUGUGUUCACGCAAUGUCGGAGAUCCUUACCACCUUCCACAUAUGUCAAAGCACUGACUGGUUUUGGCCCAGGACUGGCCUUAGACAGCACCUUAAAGAGUCCUGAUAGGCCGGAAUAUUUGCGCAUUUAUAGCCCACCAUUUAUUUUGGCUCCCGUAAAGGAUAAGCAGACUGAGCUGGGGGAGACAUUUGGAGAAGCUAGCCAGAAGUACAAUGUGCUUUUUGUAGGUUAUUGCUUGUCACAUGACCAGAGGUGGCUGCUUGGAACAUGUACAGAUCUGUAUGGAGAGCUGUUGGAAACCUGCGUCAUUAAUAUAGAUGUACCAAACAGGGCUCGCAGGCGGAAAGGUUCACCCAGGAGAAUGGGUUUGCAAAAGCUCUGGGACUGGUGUUUGGGUAUUAUGCAGAUGACAUCACUUCCUUGGAGAGUUGUCAUUGGGCGCCUUGGGAGAAUAGGACAUGGAGAGUUGAAAGACUGGAGUUGCUUGCUUGGUCGUCGUACUUUGCAGUCCCUCAGCCGGCACUUAAAGGACACAUGUAAGAUGUGCGGUAUUUCUGCAGCUGAUUCUCCAAGCAUCCUUAGUGCUUGCUUGGUUGCGAUGGAGCCACAGGGAUCGUUUGUGAUCAUGCCUGACUCUGUGUCCGUGGGAUCCGUGUUUGGCCGUGGCACAUCUCUCAACAUGCAGACAUCACAGCUGAGCACACCGCAGGAUACGUCGUGCACACAUAUUCUGGUGUUCCCCACUUCGGCAAUGGUGCAGGUGCAAACUGGGAACUACGAAAUAAAUGUCGAGGAAUUUGGUAUUUUUGAAUUAUUGGACCCAGAUGAUGAUCUAAUAAUAAACUUGCCAGCAUCUCCACCCACACCACCGGCACAUUCACCAGGCUCUCAUUAUCCACAUGGUGGUGAUACUAGCAAGGGACAGUGCACAGACCGUCAGGAAUCUCACGAUGAGGUAACCAUUCUGCAGCAGCCCCUGGCCCUCGGAUAUUUUGUCUCGACAGCUAAGGCUGGGCCACUUCCUGAUUGGUUUUGGUCGGCCUGCCCUCAAGCACAGAAUCAAUGUCCACUUUUUCUCAAGGCCUCCUUGCACCUUCAUGUGCCUUCAGUACAUUCAGAUGAAUUGCUCCAUAGUAAGCACUCCCACCCCCUUGACUCAAACCAAACCUCUGAUGUGCUCAGGUUUGUUCUCGAACAGUACAACGCUCUUUCCUGGCUCACCUGUGACCCUGCCACUCAGGAUCGCCGCUCCUGCCUCCCCGUUCAUUUUGUGGUGCUGACGCAGCUGUACAACUUCAUCACGAGCAUGUUGUAGAUCAGGCGAAGAAGUGGCCAGAGAUUCGGGAAAACUCUUAGAAAAGGGAUGUCGUUUGAGAGCAGGAUUCUGUGGGAAGGGAAGUGGACGAUACUCAUGGACAAAAUGGAGAGAUUCAUGAAAUUGGGUCUGAAGCACCUGAGGGUGUCCCCCCACCCCCACAACCCCCGUAAUUGCUUGAUGGGUUUUAAAGCCACAGGCAGUUAUCCAAAAAAUGCCUGCAUCUUAAUUUAUUGUAAGUUUUUAAAUGUUGUAUAAAUUGUCUUAUAUUUUGUAUUUUUUUUAAUUUUUCAAGAAGGUUUAUAUUACCUUCAGGCUUUAAAGCAUUUGUUGUACUAAAAUAUCUAUAAUCGUCUUAAGAGUUUGCAGUAGGUUGCUAUAAAGUCAGGAGCAAGAGCAGCAGAUAUCUAUUGGCUCAAUGUACAUUUAGUAGGGGCAGGAGUUAGUGUCAGCCACAUCUUGUGUGGUGAAAACGCAGCAAAGCUGCCAGUGCAGAGUACUUGUACAGUAAAUAAAGUAUGUUCACUGUGUUUAUAACUGAGAAAAGGACAUCUUAAGCAUUUCCUAUCAUGCAUUUUUGAAGCCAGGGAUAAAAGGGGAGGUGUGUGGGGGGGGGGGGGGGAGUGUUCAACAGGUAGCAGGGCUGAGAAGACGAAUGCUCUAGCUGGGUCAGUCCCUGUGGCCUGUCUAUUUGUAUAUAUAAAAAAAAUCAGUAACUUUAAUUUGUUACUACUGUAUAAAAUUGUGCAGAAUGGUAACUAAAUUUUGUAGCAACAUAAUUUUUUUCCAAAAUUGAAUCAAUGCAAAGCAGGUGUGAUGGUCUGUUGUAGUGUUAAGGUUUCUAGGCCCCAGACUUUUUAUCAUUGUCUGAACUUUAUGACGGCUUUAGAGAAUGGACCGCUUGACUGAUCCAGGUACCAUCUUUGUGAAAAUUACACACGUAUGCUUUUUCUUGUUUUGGUCCUCCAUUAAUUAUGAUUCACUGGUGAGCACAUCUGAUAAUUUAACACACACCCCAUUGCUCCAUGGUUUACUUUUGUAUGAAAUGUCUUUUUUUCUCUACUGUUAAUUAAUUACUGCAGACAUUUUAAGAUUUGGAAUACUGAAAAUUAUUGGGACAUUUAGAACCUUUAUAAAGCAUUCAAUUGUGGGUAACAUAGAUUCAAAUAAAUGGCCUCUCAGGUUAGCAACAAUUUGAAAAUAAUAGUGACAGAAGAUGGUUGGCUCAACAUUUGCCUCGUAUGCCCUUGCAUCUCCACAUUUCCCAUUGUCAUGUUACAUUCUGAACUUAAAAGAAAUUUUAUUUUCUUUGAGGUAAAUUUUUUCAAAUAAUCUCUGGUCAAGUUGCUAUGUAGACUCAGUGCCUUUUUUCUAAACAACUCCAAUUCCAUUUUUAUACAUUCACAAGGUAAAAUUUACAUUUCAAUAAAAGGAUCUAAAGGGUCAAAUAGUAUAAUGAUAUAAAUAGUUUGAAGCUAAACUAAGUGAUGAAUUUCCGUUUAGGAAGUUAAAUUCAAAACCACCUUCAGAGAUUAGCUUGCCUGCAAUAUAAUUUGUGGGAAGAAAUUCUUAUGACAAUUUAUCUCAGUUGAUCUUCUGUAGUAGUGUUGAACAGGUUGAAUAGAGACCGGUUGUAGGUCCUGACAUUAGGACUGGACCACGCUAUGCAAAUAUAAUUAGCUUCCCAUUUAGAAAAAUAAUUUUUAAAAAAUUUUACCAUUACAAUCCCUGUGCCUGCCCGAAAGGUACAGAUGGUUUUGAGACACUCCUGUCAGGGGUGAUGCCGUAGGAUUUCCACAUGGGAAGGAAACUAAUUAUAGCUGAGUAAUGUCUCAAAUAAUUUGUUGGAGAAUUUGCAGUAAGUAUGUGCAGGUGUAAAUUUUUGAACUUGUGGCUCUAAUACAAACUCUCUACCAUGUGGUGACUGUAUAGACGGUAACUAGUCAGAGAUGUAUUGGUCUUAGCAGCAGGAAAACACCAGUUUUGAAUUGAUAGAAAUUUUAAAAUUCUAACAAGUAUACAAAUAUGCCACCAGAAACCAUCAGAAAAAGAACUUGCCAAUUAAGUGAGAGUCUGCUGCAGGAAUAUGCAAUUCAAAAAAGUGUUGCCUAACUUCAUAGGUAAUUCUUGCUAGCAUUUUCAAAAGGCUGAUUUUUGCCAGAGGUAUUGAGUGACCAAAAUUCAAGGACUAAUUUGCCCUUGUCAAGAUGAUUUCAGUAAGAUGUUGAUUAUUUGUGUAUUAACAUUUGAUCAAAUCUGUUCCCUUUAUGGCUGGGUGUAGUAGGAGCACAUUUCUUUCUGGUAAUGUAAACAGGUUUGGCUCAUCAAGUGAAAACCUGAAUAGCACUUUAUGCUUGUUUAAUCCUUGGGAAAGUAUGCAUGGCAUAAAUUCUGGAAGACAGCUGAGACUUGAAGCCUUUUACAUCACAGUUUAGCCUUUAUAAGUUUCACAAGGGUGGCUUUUCUGAAGGUAACAAGUAAAUGAUAAACAUAUGAGAUAAUGUUUAACUCAAAUGCUCUUAAUUACUAAGACUUGGGGAAAAUGUGCGGCAGGGAGAUGUCAGUUGUUGGCAAUUUUUUUUAAUAAAUAAGAAAAUGUACAUAGCUUUUAAAGCUGUGUGUAGCAAUUUAGAGGCCUUCAAGAAAUAGUUGAUAGGAGUUUCAUAAGAAUUUAUUAGUACAAUAAUCGUGUUCCAAGACUGCAUUAGUACUGUAAAAGUUAAAACUCCAAGUCAUCAAUCACUUUUUCAAAAUUCUCUUUAACUCUUUCCUUCUCUUGGGUGUUGUGCUUGCCACUGUGUGAGCCUUUGUACCAGUGGACAUUCACUUUUGAAGACUGUGAGCAUGUGGUGAAUUUAUGAAAGAGCAUUUGCCCUAACCCCAUACCCUAAAACCGUCCUCUUUUCAAAGUACACUUAAGUUCAUUAGUGUAAACCCUUAAUAUAAAUAAGCCCACUACCUACAAUGCCAAACAUUAAAGUUUUGCCAAAAUUUCACAAAACACUUUUUGUAGUUUGAAUUAUGACCCUUCUUUGGAAUAGUCCUCUUAAUGAUAGGAGAUAAUUUAUAAAACAAUCAUUACAGUUUCAGGGUACCAU